CCUAAUUCCUCUCAAUAAGUAGUUGCGCGCGUCAGCCGACUCUCGGCGCUGGUUACGCGCCCGAGAUCCCCAAGCCUGGCUUACUGUUUCCUUUGGGGAGUGUCGCCUGGCAUCCCUCUAGCCCUCCAACCGCAGGUGUGAGAGUGCCUACCACGCGGCAGGCGCCGCACUGAGCGCUGUACUAUAGUAGGUUUUUAAAUUUCCCCAACAUCCCUAAGCGACAGGAACUGUUACCGCCCGCGUACUGGGGACGAAGGAAAGGCCUUGGAGAAGUUGGGUGGCUUGCCGCGAGUUUUGCAGCUAGUGGCUGAGCGAGGACUCCGAGAGGGGUCUGAGCGAUCCUGAUGCCCAGGCCACAGCCCGCAGCCCCUCCGCUCUGCCGGGUUAUUGUCUGAUCACGCCGUCUGCACCUGUCGCGGGCCUCGCUAGGCAGGAGCGCAGGAGGAAAGGGAGAAAAGAAGGACCACAGGGUGACCAGGUGGCUUUCCUCCAUCCGUACCCUUGGCCCGGGGCGAGGAGAGAUCAUUUCGGGCGCGGGGAUGGCUUUGCGCCUUGGAGAGGACAACCUUCCUUCUCCAGCGAUCGAAAGCGCGGCGGGAACAGGGCUUUGGGGCAAGGACCCUCCUGGGGCUGCAGGGGCGAGCGGAGAAUCUAGGGUCCGGGAGUGGACACUAGGAAAAAGUGGGGUGGCGAGAGCGCGGCUGCCCGCGAAGCUGACUGGGGAGGAGACAAGGCGGCGCGUGCAGAGUGUCCACGCGGUGGGUGUGCGGCGCUUUCAUUCAAACUUUGGGGAGUCUUUGGUUCGGGCGUCAGAGAAGGUGUGACCAAUCAGAGUCCGGGGACGGGAAUAAAUUAUGCAAAUCACCAUCUGGCGAUGGGUCAGAUGACUCCAAUAGUUUAAAAAACUACCUCGCCGGGGAGCUCGCGGUGUGACAGUGGCGAGCCCUGGCUUCCCGGGAGAACGGCACGGGUGAGGGCAGAUCUGGUUCUGGUUGGAGCAUCUUCGCACUCCCCUCACCACCCCGUGGCUCAGUUUAGCCAAGUUUUCAUUUUCCACCUUCUCCACCUGCAGCUGUCUAAGGCCACCACUCUCUCUGGUCGAGAGAAGCCUUCCCACUUCGGGUCUUACGGGCUCGGACUGCUGGAAACAUCGAGAGGCGGCUUUUUUUUUUUUUUUUUUUUUUUUGGUGGUCUUUCUAAAAGUCCCGUUUGGGGGAAGGGGAUGUGGCCGGGAAGGAUGAGAAACUCCGGUCUUCUGCUCUGCCUCUGGAGCGCUUACUGUUGCUUUGCCGCGGGAGGUCCCGCAACCCUUGGUCCAGAGGGUCGGCUGCAAGAUGAGCUCAACAAAUCCAGGGUUGUACCGGCUGCUGCCAAACCCCCGGUGAGAUUUAACCUCCGCACCUCUGAGGACCCAGAGCAUGAAGGAUGCUACCUCUCCUUUGACCACAACCAGCCCUUAGAAGACUGUGGCUUCAACAUGACAGCCAAAACCUUUUUCAUCAUUCAUGGAUGGACGAUGAGCGGCAUGUUUGAAAGCUGGCUGUACAAACUCGUGUCAGCCCUGCAGACAAGAGAGAAAGGAGCCAACGUCGUGGUGGUGGACUGGCUCCCGCUGGCUCACCAGCUUUACACAGACGCAGUCAACAAUACAAGGGAGGUGGGACACAGCAUCGCCAGGAUGCUCAACUGGCUGCAGGGGAAGGAGGAUUUUUCUCUCGGGGAUGUUCACUUGAUCGGCUACAGCCUUGGGGCUCACGUGGCCGGGUAUGCCGGCAACUUCGUGAAAGGCACGGUGGGCAGAAUCACGGGUUUGGAUCCUGCUGGGCCCAUGUUUGAAGGGGUUGACAUCCACAGGAGGCUGUCCCCUGACGACGCAGACUUCGUGGAUGUCCUGCACACCUACACGCGCUCCUUUGGCUUGAGCAUUGGGAUUCAGAUGCCUGUGGGUCACAUUGACAUCUACCCCAAUGGAGGUGACUUCCAGCCGGGCUGUGGACUCAACGAUGUCUUGGGGUCAAUUGCAUAUGGAACAAUUGCAGAGGUGGUGAGAUGCGAGCACGAGCGGGCAGUACACCUCUUUGUCGACUCUCUGGUGAAUCAGGACAAGCCGAGCUUCGCAUUCCAGUGCACGGACUCCAACCGCUUCAAAAAGGGGAUCUGCCUCAGUUGCCGGAAGAACCGUUGUAAUAGCAUUGGCUACAAUGCCAAGAAAAUGAGGAACAAGAGGAAUAGCAAAAUGUACCUAAAAACCCGGGCAGGCAUGCCUUUCAGAGUUUACCAUUAUCAGAUGAAAAUCCAUGUCUUCAGCUACAAGAACAUGGGAGAAAUUGAGCCCACCUUUCAUGUCACCAUUUAUGGCACCAAUGCAGACUCCCAGAAUCUGCCUUUGGAAAUAGUGGAGCAGAUCGAGCUGAAUGCCACCAACACCUUCCUGGUCUACACCGAGGAGGACUUGGGAGACCUCCUGAAGAUCAGACUCACCUGGGAGAGGACUUCUCAGUCCUGGUACAACCUGUGGAAAGAGCUUCGCAGCUACCUGUCUCAGCCCCGCAGGUCCGAGCAAGAGCUGAAUAUCAGACGCAUCCGCGUCAAGUCCGGGGAAACCCAGAGGAAAUUGACUUUUUGUGCAGAAGAUCUUGAGAACACUCGCAUAUCCCCUGGCCAAGAGCUCUGGUUUCACAAGUGUCGAGAUGGCUGGAGAAUGAAAAAUGAAACCAGCCCAACCCCGGAGCAUCCUUGAAGGUCCCCGCAAGGCCCCCCACUCCCUGAUUUCCAAGCACAUGGAGGAACGUUACUGCUGAGGACCCACCUGAUGGAAAGACCCUUCUUGGCCUUGACCCUGGAGCAAUGGGAGGAGCCCACUUGCUGGGCCCAGCACCGUGCCUCCCAUGAUGGCUGGGACUUUUCUCCAGAGGAGACCACAUCCUGCUGUUCCUGCUAUUCCCGCUGCUGCUCUACGAUAGCUCUAACUCCAGAUCUGUGUGCAAAUGGCCGAUGCCCUGGCCUCUAUGCGUACCGGGCUGGCUUCUCAGGACUGGAUGAGCCAGUGCUUCACCCAACAAGGAACACAGGCUCCGAGUGACUCUGCGUGGAAGGCUGUCAGCUGCCUGACCUGACUUGAGUCAUAGUGAGGGGUCUUGCUGCUGGGAGCUGACUCGUGUCAGGAUGGCAGACCUGGGACCUUGUUCACCGGGGGAGGGAGAGUAGAUCUGGGGAGGUGUGGCGGCCCUCGCUCUUGGGGCUUGAUGGGUAACUGGUGACGUGGACUGGUUACAUUUUAUUCGGUCCUGCUCCCCAGCUCCUUCUCCAAAGCACACAUCAUUGGCUUUCUUCUUUUUCCAUUGCUCAUUUAUUUGUUUUAAGAAGAUGUUGGGGGUAGGAGUUUAUUAAUUUUUAUUUAUUUAUUUUGGCUGUGUUGGUCUUCGUUUCUGUGCGAGGACUUUCUCUAGUUGUGGCAAGCGGGGGCCACUCUUCAUCACGGUACGCGGGCCUCUCACUAUCACGGCGCCUCUUGUUGCGGAGCACAGGCUCCAGACGCGCAGGCUUAGUAGUCAUGGCUCAUGGGCCUAGUUGCUCCGCGGCAUGUGGGAUCCUCCCAGACCAGGGCUCGAACCCGUGUCCCCUGCAUUAGCAGGCAGAUUCUCAACCACUGCGCCACCAGGGAAGCCCCUCAAUUGCUCAUUUUUUGAUUGGACAAAUGUUUAUUAAGCACUGAAACUUAAUUAGCACAUGGCAGUAGACACCUUAGUAAAUCUUUGCAGACCAUCUUCUCAUUUGAAACCUAAUGGGGUUGGGAUGUCUAGGCUCUCUUCCCGUUUAGAUGAUCCAUGGAUAUGCACGUGAUGAAAGGCAUGAGGGGCACUGGGAGGGCUACAGGAUGUGAGAGUUGGGGACCCUGAAGCUUUAAGUGAUUUCUACCUAUUUCUUCUUAGUUAAAGUGCAUUUCCCUUAAGAGUGACAUCUUUGAUCACCAGCAGAGUGGCAAGCGGAGUGUUAUACAUGUUAGGGACAGAACGGUGCCAGUUGCUGAAUAUGAUUGGCAAAAUCUCUUCUGUGUAGGAAGCUGGAGGCUAUUACAUAUGUUACACAUAUCUGUUCAUACAGAAACCAGCACCUGUCACACACAGCUGGUACCAAGAUUGAAUUAAUGCCAUGCUUUUUCCUUCUUGAAAUAUCUUGUUCCAAUACAAGUGCCCUUUCUGUGCUGAACUUCUUCAAAAAGCCCUUAAUUCUAGAUCUUGGUUUGAAUUAAUAUACAUGAUAUCUGAGGAACCCUUUUAUAAUUUUCAAAAGAUUUGAACAUGCAUCACUUAAUUAGAGACUCACAACAGGAGGUGAGCAGGGCAGUUACUAUUAUCUCUAUUUUACAAAACUGAAGCUUAGUGAGGUUCAGCACGAGCCUAGAAUUAUAUACCAAGUUGGUGGAGGAGCCAGGUGAGGACCUAGACUCCCUGGAGGCAAUGCCCAUGGUAUGCUCAUCUCUGCAACUUCAUCAGGACUCGUAUAGCCAUUUCCCACCAAUAUGCCCCAGAUGUAACAAACAAGGAAUUUUUUUCAGAGCCAUCCAUGAAACCCGAAACUCUUUUAUUAAUAUAUAACUGGGAGAACAACUGGGCCAAGGGUUGGGAUUUUUAUGGAUAAGAUUGAUUUGCAAGGAGAUGUGAUGUUAGGUGGGAAAGGGGGAGAGUGAUUUUCUCUGUAGUUAGGUUUUUAAAGGACAUUGUUUUAAUCUCUAUUGUGCCAAGGUUGUGUCAUUGUUCUGUGCCAAACCUCUGAAGACAUAACCAGUCAAAUACCUUAAUUCAAGGUAUUUUCUCAAUCCAGUUGUGUGCCUUUUCUGUUGCUUCUGUGAUUGCAUUCUAGCCAAAGUAGAGCUUGUAUUAUUGACUGUGCAUCCUGGUUACUUCUACUUUUGUAAUGGAAGCCUUGGGAAUCGAAUCCUCAGUGGGUCCUGUAUUUAUACAUUUGGCUUGAAGCCUUAUUUGUAUAUAAUGAUGCUUUUUUAAAUGCUUAGAAUACUAUUUAUUUCUCAAGUGUAUAUAAUGUAUAAAAAUAAAUAUAUGGUUAGUUUUUACUUUAUGAUUAACCGAUUUCAAGAUUUAAAAUUUUAAUAGUAAAAUAAUAAAAAUCUACAAAAUUCUU